GAAGUUAUUCCUUGUGUACAGGUUGCGGAGCGCUUCAUCUCAGCUAUUGAGGAGUUCAACAAUAAGAAUCCCGCAGCCCCACUAUUAAUUUCUUUUGACCCUGACGAAGUAAGAAAGCAAGCUGCUGCUUCUACACAAAGAUUUGAACAAGGGAAUCCACUCUCAAUCUUGGAUGGGAUUUUCAUGGCAAUCAAAGACGACAUAGAUUGCUAUUCUCACCCUUCAAAGGGAGCAACUGCAUGGAUGCAUGAGGUUCGUGAGGUAAAGAAGGAUGCUGUUUCUGUGUCAAGAUUACGAAGUUGUGGUGCAAUUUUGGUUGGAAAGGCAAACAUGCAUGAGUUGGGCUUGGGCACUACUGGAAAUAACGCAAACUAUGGGACUACACGAAACCCACACGAUCCAGAUAGGUACACCGGCGGGUCUUCCUCAGGCCCUGCAGCUAUUGUGGCUUCGGGAUUGUGUUCUGCUGCUUUGGGGACGGAUGGAGGAGGUUCAGUUCGGAUUCCUUCUUCCCUUUGUGGUGUUGUGGGAUUGAAGUCAACAUAUGGUCGAACUGACAUGACCGGGUCAUUAUGUGAUGAUGGAACAGUGGCAAUUAUUGGACCAAUUGCUACAACAGUUGAGGACACCAUACUUGUGUAUGCAGCAAUUUUGGGGUCCUCUCCUGCUGAUAGAAUCUCUUUGAGACCGUCCCUCCCCUGUGUACCUAAUUUCUCUUCACAAGAGAGUUUGCAAUCUGUGGAAUCGCUGCGCCUUGGAAAAUAUACAGAGUGGUUUAAUGAUGUCUUCUCAACUGAUAUAUCUGACAAGUGCGGGAAUGUUCUCAGUCGGCUAUCAGAAAAGCAUGGAUGCAAAACGGUAGAAAUUGUAAUACCAGAGUUGCAUGAGAUGCGCUUAGCUCAUGUUGUUUCUAUUGGAUCUGAAUCAUUAUGCGCACUGAAUCCAGACUGUUAUGAUGGGAAAGGAGAGAGAUUGACAUAUGAUACUCGCACCAAUCUGGCACUUUUUCGUUCAUUUACAGCAGCAGACUAUGUUGCUGCUCAGCGGCUUAGGCGGAGGUUAAUGUAUUUCCAUAUGGAGAUUUUCAAGAGGGUGGAUAUCAUUGUGACACCAACGACUGGCAUGACAGCACCCAUAAUUCCACCAGGUGCUCUUAAAGUUGGGGAGACUAAUUUGCAAGUUACAGGAAAUCUUAUGCGGUUCAUUAUAACGGCAAAUCUUCUGGGACUUCCUGCUGUUACUGUCCCUGUUGGUUAUGACAAGCAAGGGCUUCCCAUAGGUAUACAACUCAUUGGCCGACCCUGGUGUGAAGCUUCCAUUUUGCGCUUGGCUGCUGCAAUUGAGGAAACUUGUGCUGAGCCCAAGAAGAAGCCACUGCAAUAUUAUGACAUUCUGAAAGGGAACUAGAAAUCAAAACUUACGCCUGCAGGUAAACAGUAAUGUGAAUCAUGAAGCUUUAAGAAGAUGUGGAUUCAUUUAUCAAGAUUUUGGUGAUUCAUAGAAACCAUCUUGAAAAUUGAAUGUACUGAGUUUGAGGUACCACUUUAUGAAAUAAA